CGUGUUUUGACAUGAAGAACCUUUUAAGAGACACAUCUAAACUUAUAUCUUCUGAUAUUGAUCGAUCACAAAUCAUAAAAUCAAAAAGAAGAACACGUCAACCUGUUCAUUAUGGAGAAGACGAGCUAGAAAAACAAAGCCUCGAACAGCAAGUGACAGCAAAGCCAGGGCCUAAGAAAGCCGAGAAAGCAGCAACCAAGUCAACUAAAAAACCAACUCACCCGUCCACCAAGAAACCAUCGACACCGAGUAAGAAGCGCAAAAUGUCUUGUUCUGCAUCUGAAGAAAGUUCUUCAGAUCAGGAUGAAUCUGGAUCAGAAGCUGAACCCGAAUCAGAGUCAGAGUCAGAGUCAGAUGAAGACGAUUUCAUGGAGGAGGAAGAAAAGGAAGAAAAGAAGCCCAAAUCAAAAUACCUAGCCUCUGUCCGUAAAAGAGCGGUCAAGAAAGCAAUACCUACUACACCUACAAAGCGAAAGCCUUCUUUGGCCAACCGUACUAUACAUAGAGUCAACCGAGCCAUUCCAGUUCUACCCUUACGCCAAGUCAAUGCACGAGAUACAUCAAAUAUGACAGCUUAUGAACUAGCAAGAGAAAGAUUACAUGUAUCUUCUGUGCCUGAUUCAUUACCUUGUCGUGAAGAUGAAUUUUUUACCAUCAUGGGUUAUGUUGAAAGCGCCAUUCAAGAAGCCACUGGUGCUUGUGUAUAUAUCUCGGGUGUGCCAGGCACAGGAAAGACAGCAACCACACUAGAAGUCAUUCGACACUUACAACAUCAAGCAGAAGUAGAAAAGACAAUUCCCGAAUUUGAUUUUGUAGAAAUUAAUGGUAUGAAAUUAACAGAUCCAAAUCAAGCGUAUAGUAUCUUAUGGGAAUGCAUGGAUCAACAAAAAAAGAGAUAUACUGCUGCUCAUGCUUUACAGUUGCUUGAAGCCAAAUUCUCUAAACAAAAUCAAGAUCAAAAGACAACUGUGGUGCUGAUGGAUGAACUUGAUUUACUGGUAACCAAGAAACAGACAGUUAUGUACAAUUUUUUUGAUUGGCCCAGUCGUCCUCGUUCGAAACUGAUUGUGAUUGCGAUAGCCAAUACGAUGGAUUUACCAGAACGUAUCAUGAGUAAUAAGGUGGCGAGUCGAAUGGGUCUGACACGUAUCACAUUUGAAGCUUAUCGAUAUGACCAACUCUAUCAAAUUGUUCAAUCCAGACUAGAAGGCAUUGAUGCUUUUGCCAAAGAAGCUGUGGAAUUUGCAGCACGUAAAGUAAGUGCUGUCAGUGGUGAUGCUCGUCGUGCCUUGGAUAUCUGUCGACGUGCAGUUGAGAUUGUCGAGACCAAAUUAGCAGAUCAAAAACACGUCACAAUCAGCAUUGUGGACCAAGCCAUUAAGGAGAUGUUUACCUCGCCUUCUGUUGCUUUCAUUCAAUCCUGUUCUCUGCAUCAAAAGAUCUUUUUGGUAGCUUGUAUGCAUCGGUCACGUGCUAUAGGCUUAGCUGAAGUUGAAUUUGGGGAUGUGGCCCACUAUCAUGUCCAGACUUGCAAGUGGCAUAAUAUUGAACCACCGAAUACCAGUGAUUUGAUGCGAGUAUGUGAAUCUUUAGGUCAAACAAGAGCCUUGAUGAUGGAAAACGGAAGAAUGGAUAUUUGUAUGCGAUUGUCUCUUAAUUUAGUUGAACAAGAUAUCAUUAUGGCAUGUAAAGCAGACAAAUUGAUUAAUCGGUUAUUACAGCAUUUACCUCAAACAGAUUGAUCUCAUUACACAAAAAGCUUAAAUUGCAUAUAAAACUUGUUUUUUUUUCUUUGUUUCCUUUU